AUGAAAUUAAGUAAAAUUGCGUGCCUAUUAGGUACAAUAGGAUUAACCGUAAUUAACCCUGUUCUGGCCAACAAGGCCACUGAAACUGUGACAAAGACAGAAGUAGUUAGCGGUCAAUGGCAAAAUGAUGUCCAGAAACUAUGGAAACGAUAUGGUAAGCCUGAUUUGCAAGUAGCCUUCAACAGGGAUUCCCUGAAUGAGACCCUACCAUGGUUAACUCAACUUUUAAACGUAUCAUCGCCAUCCGAGCUCUCUUUUGAAAAGGCAAAUGAAUGGCUUUUUACAACUUGGUCAGAAAAAACUUUACGAGACUAUCUAAAGGACCAUUCUAUCCCAUUCGAUGCCUCUCAAAAGAAAGAUGAACUGAUAUCAUUGCUAAGAGAUAAUUUUGAAUCUAUUAAAAAAGAUUUUGAAAACUUCAAAGGUUCUAUCCCAGAUUCAACUAUUUUUAAGGAUUGGUCUGCUAAAGAUCUAAAACAAUGGUUGGAAGAGAAUCAUAUUAAAUUUAAUGAGAAGAUCUCUAACGACAAAGAAAAACUUGUAAAGCUAGUAAGCGAAAAUAUAUACAAAAUAUCUGAGACACAAGAAGAAACGAAAUAUAAAGCCCUUCAUUUACUAGACUUAGCUAAUAAGAAGCUGUUCGAUUCUAACAAUAAUAUCACUGCUGCUGCUUUCAAUGAUUUCUCCAAAGAUGAUUUAAAGAACUGGUUACAAUAUCAUUAUAUCAAACUGGAUGAUUCCAUAUCCGAUAACAAGGAUAUAUUACUAAAGAAGGCUCAAGAAAAUUUAAAUCUACUAAAAAACGAUGUCGAUUGGUACAUUAAUAAAUCUAGCGAUAUGGCAAGCCCAUUCAUUGGUAAAAAUCCAGAGUAUGUUGAGUCUCUAUGGAAUGGUAUGUCUGACUACGUUAAUUCUGGUAAGAAACAUGCCAACAAACUAUUCUCUGAAGAUUUUGCUAAGAGAUUACUUAACUCAUUGAACGCCGAAUAUCCUUCUAAUGCUUCAAUGAGAGAUUUGGUCGAAAGGAUAAGGAAUAAGACAGCUGGUAUGUUUGAUCAUAGGGACUUUAAUUUCUCUAAUGAAUCUCUCGAUAUUGUCAAAGAAUGGUUUGCUAAUACUACCUCUCAAGUAGGAGAUUCCGGAUUAUACAGUAAGAUGAACCAUAAAAUAAAGGACCUUAACGAACAUAUGGAUAAUUUGUUCAAGUCAUGGUCUGUAAAUGAUUUAAAGGAUUAUAUGAAAAGCAUGGAUAUUCCAUUUACUGAAUCCCGUGACAAGGACACACUAGUCGAGAGAGCAAAAAACUAUACUCGUAAGAUGUUAGGUUAUGAACCUGAAUCUGAGUAUCAAAAAUGGGUUCGUAAAGCAAGAGAAUUCUCAAGGAGUAUUUAUAACGCUGUAAUGCCAAACCAUUGA